AGCCUUACUUUUAUUGUCAACAGUCAUGGAAAACGAAGAAGCGUGAAUAAGUGACGGGAGUGUGACGCAAAUAACGGAAUAUUGACAGGAAUGACGGAAAUGUGGUUGGAAUGACGGAAUGUGUCGUGAGUGUGACAGGAAUAACAGAGGUGUGACGGGAAUGACAGGAGUGUGGCAGGGAUGACGGGAGUGACGAGAGGCCUGAAGACGCGGUGACGCGGGGCGCGGCGAGGGGCGAGUGAAGGCGGUCAUGAAGACGAGCGGGGACAGCCACUUGUCAGCCUUGCACCGUAUCCUGUCACCAAUCAGCGAACACGAGCCGCUGCUUACUCCAUUUAGCAAGCCAGUUGCGGUGGUGGUGGUGGUGGUGUCUUACGAGCGAAAAGCCAAGACUGACUGACUGGCACGUUUGCGGAGGAAGUGCGUGAGGGGGAAGAGGAGUGAGUGAGUGAGUGAGGGAGGGAUGCCUUAUCAGGACAUGCUCAGUGUUGCCGUCUCGUCCUCAGAAUCAUACGCUUCCCUCGCUCCCCUCGCUCUCCACCGCCCCCUGCGCCUCACGCCCCUCACUGAGUUCACUGUGGGGGCGUUCUUCUCCCCAGCUUCGACUCUCAUUUUGAAAUACAACUUAGAGAGUGCGAGCGAGUGAGUGAGUGAAUGACGCGGAGGCAGGAAUCUGGGAGUGCAAAGCGAGGGCAGUAGCGGUCAGUGUCAUUCGUGUUCUCGUGGUGAUUUGCCUGGUGACGGAACGUGGCGGAGCAUCCUACUCCUUCACCACCCCCACGUCCCCAAGACAACCCGCCCCGCCGCUCCUGCGCUUGUCAUGGCCCGAGGCGCGCCCAUCAUGGUGCCGCCCGUGGUGGUGCUGAUGGUGGUCCUGGCGCUGCUUGGUGCUAACGUGCCAGGGUACUGCGAAACUUUUGAUGAGUACGAGGACAAGGAAUACGUGGACGGCUGUCAUCCCGAGGAGGCCGACACGUGUUUCCACGACGUGAAUGACAACCUCCUGUGUAACCUAGGCAAGCCAACCCCGAACAAGAACUGCACCCACAGAGACGCCAACGACCUUUGCUUGAGCAUGAGUGAAGCCCUGAUCUGCUGCGAGGACAUCAUAGAAUCGUGCUCGGAGUCUGAUGGGCUGAACACCUUCCAAGUAUGGUUAAUGGGACUGGAGGGCGUGUACUCCCACCUGUGUGUGGAUGACGAGGAUCUGGACCUAAUUACUGAUCUCCUGCAAGAGUCGAACUGUUUCCGCCUCAAGAAGUUCAUCACGUGUGUGGAGGAUCGAGCCAACCUGACCCACGUGGCGGAUCUUCUCACCACUCAGCUUGAUCUCCACGAGUGCAAUAUGCUGCAGGUUUCGGUGGCUGCCUGCAUUGAGGACGCCGAGAAGAACAAGAAGAAGUGCCGCGGUAAGGCCGAUGUGGUGAAGGAGGCUUUGAUAGUAUUCUUUAGCUCUACGGCUUGCGGCCACAGACCCCCGCCGCCCCCAUCACCCUCACCUGUCCCCUGCAUCCCCCCUACGGCGGGGACCAGCGCUGGGGGAAGGGACACCACUAACAGCAAUAAGACCACCAGUAACACCACCACCACCACCACCACCACUUACAUUGGCAGUGAAGUCACCACCACCACCACCACCCCCGUUACUAGUAAAACCAAGAGCACUAAAGUCACCAGCUUCCCUAACCAGGCCAGCACCAGAGGCACGCCCAGCAGCACUAACCGCCCCGCAGCGUGCCAGCAGACUCAAGACCUGGCUAAGAGCGGCACCCCCACGGCCUCGACAGUUGUGGUGACGGUACUGGUGACUCUGGUGCUGGUGGGCCUCGCGGGAAUGCUGUUGCUGAAGAGGGGCGUGCUCACCAUCAGAACUGACUUUGACCGUCGCCUUGCGGGUCUCAAUGACGGGGAAUCCAGCAGCGGCUACGAUAGGUUUUAACGAGUAGUUGAAGUGAUUUUUAUAUUGUAGAUCUAGUGGGGAACGCAUGACUCACUGCGGCAGCAUCAUCAAGUUCUGAGAUCUCAUAAAACUGUCACCAUACCUUUGCUUAUGCAUUGUUAUCACCGCCACUGCUGUCACCACUGUCGUCACCAUUAAAGGUUCAAGAUCUACUGGAGGUCCUCUGGAAAUAGGCAUCAGGUUCUGGGAUAUCGUAAAACAUACUUGCAAAAUUCGGGGGAGGCUUAACUGUCACAAUACCUUUGUUGAUGUAUCGUUACCACCACAGCUGUUGUCACUGCCACCCACCCACCGCCUCCUGUAAAGCACGCUGUGGGACGCUCAAGAGCCGCAUUCUGAGAUUUUUGGUGCUUCAGUCUCGACUCUUACUAACAGAUGUUAUUAGAGUUUUCUGUGAACGUUUGCAUGUUCCUGGUGAUUGUUUACCAGUUUUCUGUGAACGUUUGCAUGUUCCUGGUGAUUGUUUACCAGUUUUCUGUGAACGUUUGCAUGUUCCUGGUGAUUGUUUACCAAAGAUUUAGCACCUUCCAACAAGCUCUAGAAGUUAAGGUUUCCAAGUGUUCCCAUGAUUCUAGCUGGUAAAUGUUACAAAAAUUCAGUACGCCUGAACAAAUUAAUGUUUCCAGGAGAGUAUUCGUGAUUCUGAUGAUAGCGAAACAAAUAUUUAACACUAUCAGUAGGAAAAUACACCCGUGAGAAGUCGACAAAUCACUCCUGUGGUCUUUCAAAACAAUCCUGAGGGAAGUCCAGAGCGUUGCAAGAUGCGAACACAAUACAUGUCUAAAUACACCGAUACCGACUGACUGAUCGGCCAACCGAUAACCGAUGGAUAUACUUGUUAAUCUCCGAAGAGUUGUUACUGUUACUCUGUGUUUGUGUGACUGUGAUGAUAAUAAAUGAAUCACAAUA